AUGUCUCGCCAGUCCUGUGGUCUCGGCAAGGGAUUCAGCUCCAGCUCCGCUUGCUUUGGAGGGAGGAACAAGGUCACGUUCAGCUCUGUGUCCCGUGGAGGAUGUAGGGGACCUGGAAACGCUGGUGGCUUCAGCAGCAGGAGCCUCUAUUGCUUGGGAGGGAGUAAAAGCACCUCUCUGGGAGGAUUCGGAGGCUUUGGCUACGGCUACGGUGCUGGGGCAGGAUUUGGUGGCAGCUAUGGUGGUGGGGUCGGAGGCGGCUUCGGUGGAGGCCUCGGUGGUGGUUGUGGUGGCUUUGGUGGAGGAUUUGACGGCGGGAUGGGAGGUCAAGGCUUUCCCCCUUGCCCGCCGGGUGGCAUCAGGGAAGUGACCAUCAACCAGAGCCUGCUGGCCCCGCUCAACCUUGAAAUCGACCCUGAGAUCCAGAAGGUGCGAACACAUGAGCGGGAGGAGAUGAAGCAGCUGAACAACAAAUUUGCUUCCUUCAUUGACAAGGUCCGGUUCCUGGAGCAGCAGAACCGAGUCCUGGAGACCAAGUGGAAGCUCCUUCAGGAGCAGGGUGGCACAGGGACGGGUGGCAGGAACCUCGACCCCUAUUUUGAAACCUACAUCAGCGGGCUGAGGAAGCAGCUAGACCUCCUCUCCAGCGAGAAGCAUCAGCUGGAGUCAGAGCUGAAGAGCUUCCAAGAUAUGGUGGAAGACUUCAAGACCAAGUAUGAAGAGGAAAUAAACAAAAGGACAGCUGCGGAGAACGAUUUUGUGCUCCUAAAAAAGGACGUGGAUGCAGUCUAUAUGACCAAGGUGGAACUUCAGGCAAAAUUAGAUUCUCUGGCAGAUGAGAUUAACUUCUUGAAGUAUCUUUACGAAGUGGAGCUGUCUCAGAUGCAGAAGACCGUUUCUGACACCUCUGUGGUUCUGUCCAUGGACAACAACCGAAACCUGGACCUGGACAGCAUCAUUGCAGAGGUCAAAGCCCAAUACGAGGAGAUCGCCAACCGGAGCCGAGUGGAGGCUGAGUCUUGGUACCGAGGCAAGUAUGAAGAGCUGCAGGCUACCGCAGGCAAACACGGAGACAGUCUUAAGGACACAAAGACCGAGAUCUCUGAGCUCAACCGCAUGAUCCAGAGGAUACGGGCUGAGAUCGACAGUGUGAAGAAACAGUGUGAAACGCUGCAGAGCUCCAUCGCGGAUGCUGAGGAACGUGGGGAGAUGGCCCUCAAGGAUGCCAGGGCCAAACUGUCUGACCUGGAGUCAGCCCUGCAGAAAGCCAAGGCAGACCUGGCCCGGCAGCUCCGUGAGUACCAGGAGCUCAUGAACGUCAAGCUGGCCCUGGACAUCGAGAUUGCGACCUACAGGAAGCUCCUGGAAGGAGAGGAGUGCAGGAUGUCUGGAGAGUGUCAGAGCGCCGUCAGCAUCUCCGUGGUGGGAGGCGGCAGCAGCUCUGUGGGAGGUGGAUACGGCGGAGGACUGUGCCUUGGAGGAGGAGGAGGAGGAAUCGGAUUCGGUGCUGGAAGUGGGAGAGGCGUCUGUAACACAGGCGGUGCUGGCUUCUGCUACAGCCUAGGGGGGGGUGGAUUUGGCUCCGGGGGAGGAUUCGGUGCUGGGGCGGGAUUCGGCUCCGGUGGGGCAGGAUUCAGCUCUGUGGGCGGAGGGUCUAACUCAGUGGUGGUGGGGUCUGGCACCAUCCUGAAGAAGACCACCAGCUCUACGUCUGUCAAGCGGAGCGUCUAG